AGUGUUAAGCCAUUGUCAAAGUCAAGCUUAUCGAGCUCAUCACAAAAAUAUUUAUUAUUUUUCAUGUUUGAGAGUUGUGGUACAAACAAAAAAGAAUCGAAAAUGAAUAUUCAGACAAUUGAAGGUACAGACAUCGCUGUCAGUGAAACCGAAAGACUUAAAUUGUCUUGUCGGCUGUGUUUAGCGCCAGAACAGGACAUUCCACUUUACAGUCCGUAUCAGGACUCCAUCAUGUAUUUGGAUGUUUUACAUCAAUUGGCUGACGUUCAGGUCAUAUCCAACGACUGCUUACCAAAGAAAAUCUGCAUGGAAUGUGCGUCCAAGUUGGUUCUAUUCUACAAAUUCCGGAAGAAAAUUGAAAUAUCUCAGACGACACUGUCAACGACACUGACAGCUGCAAUGAAAAUGGAGCAGCUCGACGAUAAAGACAGCAUCGACAUGAUCGAGCAAACUAUCGAAGUUGAUGAUCAAUACGGGCACGACAGCGACAACUCCAAUGUCAGCGACAUGUACGAAAGAGGUUUCAUCGCAUUGGACGAUGUGAUCGAAGAGACUUAUACGGAGGUUGCGUCGGACCAGAACAGCAGCACCGACCUGAUCGAGAUGGACAAUGUUGUGGAGGAGACAACGCUGUAUGUGAUGCCGCGGAAACGAGUGAGAAAGGAAACAAAACAUCAAUGCGAUGAAUGUGGCCGAGUGUUUACGCGAAAAACGGUUUUAGAUCAACAUAAGGUUACGCACACUGGCAUCAAGAACUUUUCUUGCGAUAUUUGCAACUCAUUGUUCACACGACGAUCCCACUUAUCCAUACACAUGCGAAUCCAUGAGAAUUCGAAGCCGUACAUCUGCGAGAUAUGCUCCAGGGGCUUUCGGAAGUCUGGUGACUUAGCCAGGCAUCGACGGAUCCAUUUUGAGGACCGGAAUUAUCCGUGCAGCAUGUGCGACAAACGGUUUAAAAGGGCUACCGACGUAACGUCGCACAUGAGAACACAUACAAAGUCUAAGCCGUACCACUGCAAGGGUUGUGAUAAAAAAUAUACGUCGCACAGUUCACUCCGCAAACAUGAAACACGGAAACAUGAGAAGCAACUACCAAAUGCGACAAUCGACAGCCAAGUUGUGCUGAGCCAACCAACCAUGUACGAAAUUGUGGAAUAAAAACCAUUUGAGUGAUUAGCAA